CAGUUACGAUUUCCUUGCCCAGAUCCUCGGAUCUAUUACAUUCGCUUCCCUCCAGAUACGAUCAAGUCUCUCGCUCGACCGCAAAUCUCCAGAGAUCCCGAUAGAUUCUAAUAUUACCACUUAAUACAAACAACUUCAAACCUCAACAACAACAAUCAAGAUGCGUUCCGGAGCUAUUGCCUUUGCCGCCAUUGUUGGCGCUGCCAACGCCGGCCCUGUCCGCCGUGACUACCCAGUCUACCCGGUUCAGUCCUCUUCUUCUGAGGUUCCCGUCAAGCCUGCCAGCAGCACUCCUGGCUACCCGGUUUACCCUGCCUCCAGCAGCACUCCGGUUUACCCUGCUUCCAGCAGCACUCCGGUCUACCCUGCCUCCAGCAGCACUCCGGUUUACCCUGCUUCCAGCAGCACUCCGGUUUACCCUGCCUCCAGCAGCACUCCGGUUUACCCUGCCUCUAGCAGCACUCCGGUUUACCCUGCUUCCAGCAGCACUCCGGUCUACCCGGCUUCCAGCUCGACUCCCGUCUACCCCGAGUCCAGCACCACUCCUUGCGAGUCCAGCUCUACUCCCGUCAAGCCCACCACGAGCUCUACUCCCGUCUACCCUGCCUCCAGCAGCACUCCCGUCUACCCUGCUUCCAGCAGCACUCCGGUUUACCCUGCCUCCAGCAGCACUCCGGUUUACCCUGCCUCCAGCAGCACCCCGGUGUACCCUGCCUCCAGCAGCACUCCCGUCUACCCGGCUUCCAGCUCGACUCCCGUCUACCCUGAGUCCAGCACCACCCCCUGCGAGUCUUCCACUCCCGUGAAGCCCACCACCAGCUCCACUCCUGGAUACCCCUCCAGCAGCGUCCCCGUGAAGCCUACCACCAGCUCCACUCCUGGUUACCCUGCUUCCAGCAGCACCCCGGUCUACCCUGCUUCCAGCUCUACUCCUGGAUACCCCGUGAAGCCUUCCAGCAGCAGCACUCCUGUGUACCCUGCUUCCAGCUCCACCCCCGGAUACCCAGUGAAGCCCAGCUCCAGCAAGCCCGUUGUUCCUGCUUCCAGCACUCCGGUUUACCCUGAGUCCAGCUCUACUCCUUGCGAGUCCAGCUCCGUCCCCGUCAAGCCCACCACCAGCUCGACUCCUGGAUACCCCGUCAAGCCAUCCAGCACCCCCGUCUACCCUGCUUCCAGCAGCACUCCUGGAUACCCCGUCAAGCCUUCCAGCACUCCCGUUUACCCUGCUUCCAGCAGCACUCCCGGCUACCCCGUCAAGCCCAGCUCCAGCAAGCCUGUCGUCCCCGCAUCCAGCACCCCUGGAUACCCCGUCAAGCCCAGCUCUAGCAAGCCUGUUGUUCCUGCUUCCAGCACCGGAACUGCUCCUGGCUACCCAGUCUACCCUCACUCCACCCCGGCUGUGCCCACCAAGCCAACCUACCCCACUCAGCCUGAGUCCUCUGGCUACGUGACCGUUCCCCACGAGUACACCACCUCCACCUACACCUGGGUUCCUGUCUCUACCUCUGUUGGACACAACGGCCCCGCGCCCAUCUACUCCACCUACUUGACUCCUUCGUACUACCCCACCAUUGUGUCUACCUACGUCGUUGUCAGGCCCACCCCCACUCCUGAGGCUCCUGUCUACCCAGUCUCGCCUGCUGAGCACAACUCUUGCCCGGCUCCCGUCACCGUCACCGUGACUGUCACUCCUGAGGGCUCUUACCCCACUGGACAGCCAAUCACCAAGACCUUGACCAUCGUCGAGUCCAGCACCACCACCAUCACUCGCAUCACUGAGUACCCCAGCCAGCCCACUCACCCCGCUCCUGAGUACCCUCACUCCAACCCUGCUCCUAAGCCCAGCUCCAGCAAGCCCGUUGUCCCUGCUCCUCACGGAACUGGAUACCCCACUGGACCUGCUCCCGUCAGCUCUGUCCCUUACCCCACUGGACCUAAGCCUUCCUCCACCAGCAGCGUUGGAUACCCCGUCAAGCCCACCUCCACCCCCGGAUACCCCGUCAAGCCCUCUUCCAGCAAGCCCGUCUACCCUGCCUCCAGCAGCACCCCCGCUUACCCCGUCAAGCCCUCCAGCACCCCCGCUUACCCCGUGAAGCCCUCCAGCACUCCUGUUGCUCCCGUCUCCAGCAGCACUCCUGGAUACCCCACUUACCCUGAGGCUUCCAGCACUCCCGUCUACCCUGCUGAGUCCAGCUCCACCCCCGUCUACCCCGCUGAGAGCUCCUCCACCCCUGCUUACCCCGUCUACCCCGAGGCCAGCAGCACCCCCGUCUACCCUGCCUCUAGCAGCACUCCCGUCUACCCUGCCGAGAGCUCCACUGCUCCUGGCUACCCCGUCUACACCCCCGCUCCCGGAUACGGCUCUUACUAAGUUUGAGUCGUGAUCCCGCUGGUGCAAGACCAAAACCACCGGCGAGAUGGAGUGUAAGCCCGGCUUCAAUUCGGCAGGCAAUUGGAACAGGAACCACUUGAACGAUCCGUUCACCACUUUCCUUCACAUACAAAUCCAGUGAAAAUGGGACAAUGUACCAUUCCUUGACCCUGCAUAGCUGUGGCGUUAACGAAUUUGCUUUUGUCAUUCUCCUACCCAGGAGACGUCUUCGACUGUUUUGGCUCUAAUUUUCUUGGACAUAGACAUUAUUUGUUUCAUAUUUCUCUUUACGAUUGUAUAGGAUCGAUUCCUUUAUGGAUAGCAUUACAAUAGUAACUAGUUAUUUCUUAAAGUAAAAAGAUCCAACUUCAAACACACUCCUUAACAUUUUGCAAUCCCUUUCCCCAAUGUGAUCAUA